AUGACUCACGAAGCACCGAAGGAUCCCGUGUUCUUUGCUUUUGACGCAGAGAUGUCCCUGGGUAUCUACGGAUCCACGGGGGGCCCAGAGUUGCGCACAAUGACGACGACCAAAGAACUACGUGUCAUAUACUUAGAUGGCCACUCUGCGACCCUCACGACAACAGGGACUCUCGACUCACAGAUAGCAAUUUUAAGAAACCAUAUUCCCGCAAACCCCAGCGAAGAACUCAUCUACAACGAAUCCCAGCGGGCAGUAGAGCUCUGUCAGCUCGCCAGCGAGCUCAAGAUCGACGGCGUUGUGAGAAUGAAUGCUGGAUUUGAGAUCCUUGUUUGUGACUAUCACAAGUCAGGCGUCCGCGAGCUGUUCGUCACGAACAUCACUGUCCCUGGAAACGACGGUCGAAGGGUAGAUCCUUCUCUCCCUCGAGAUCCCCACCGCCAGCCUCCGCUCGGAUAUGGGAAUGACUUUUCCGAACAAAACGGGUGGGAAUGGGUUCGGAGUAGCAGUUGGCAUUAUGGCAAUGAGGCUGCCGGGGGAAGGCGUGAAAACAGGGUUCGGCUCGAUGUCUGCAAUAUCGUCUCAUGGUAUGAUCCAUCUCUCCAGAGCCUGAACGAAUCCCAUCACGCGGGUAUUCGCAGCAACGACACAUACGAAAAUGGCUGGGGUCUCCGGCGAGGGCAUAGGCUCCUUGAGGCUACAGCCAACGACAUAGCCACUUUUCGAGGGUGGCUGUCUGCCGCUACAUCAGGAAAGAAGAACUCGAAGUGCUCUCACACUGACUGGCAAGCUCUGGUUGAGACUAUUGUUGACAAGUACCGUGGUCGGACCCGGGAGAUACUCUUUAAUCUCGAGAAGAAUUCUUCAGAUGAAAAAGCCGUGCAUCAGAUCAUCAAUAACGUCUACACGCUCACACAUGCAGUUCUUCAUCCAUAUCUCGAGUACCCCACCGUCGGUGGUGUGACCAAGCCCGAAGCCAAAGCAAAUACUCUUGCUCGCUGUUCUGCUGCUUAUACAGGGCACAUCGCGCUAGACUCACUGUCCGAGUUCGAAGUCCUUAUCAAAGAGUCGACGCAAAUAGUAGUUAAAGAACUUUGCCAGUGGGCCUGGGAUCUCUUCGAGUGGACAGACGGCCGAAUGCACAACCGUCUCCAACAAACUGCAGAAGCAUCGACAAUAUCUUCACGGGAGGACACACGUACUAUCCAGCAAGAGAUAGCACAAUAUACAAACUUGACUCAAUCUCUGCUGCAAUGGACAGGCUGGAAUGUUUUGCAGAGCUGUGAGAACAAGUGUGGACCAGAUGAAUUGUGCUACAUCCCAAUGUGGCCCGUCAUCUAUGCCCCAGGCAAAAGGCAGGGCGGAAUAUACGCUGGUAGCAUCUUGACUGAAGAGGAGACAGUGGAGUUCUGGACACCCAAAUGCUUGAGCCGACAUGAUUGGGAUUGUGGAGGUGGUCGAGCCCGAGAGCCGCGGUUUCAAUUCCCGGAUGUUCCCUAUGAGGAAUGCAGAGCUAUGCAGAGGGACUCUUAA